AUGCCAUCAUCUACAUCUAGCGACAAUGUGCGUGACAGAGGCCAAGAGCCUGUUACAACGACGAAAUUGCUGGUUGAUGAGUCUACCACAGAUUGCACUUUUGUUGCCUGGAUUCAGGUUCUUGGGGCGUUCUUUUUGUUCUUCAAUCCAUGGGGACUUGUAAAUAGCUUUGGUGCCUUCCAGACGUAUUAUGAGUUGAAUUCCCUCCAUUCACCAUCUGAUAUCUCAUGGAUUGGAACAUUUCAGGGUUUUCUUCUCUUUCUAGUCGGUAUCCUAACUGGUCCUGUAUAUGAUCUUGGAUUCUUUCGAACCCUUGUGGUUGUUGGUACCUGUCUCACCACAUUUGGAAUGAUGAUGACCUCCAUCGCUACGGAGUACUACCAAAUAUUUCUUGCCCAGGGAGUCGUAGUUGGCUUGGGUGCUGGAUGCUUGUUUAUUCCUAGUGUUGCAAUUGUUGCCCAGUACUUCACUAAACAUCGUGCCUUGGCUACAGGAAUUACCGCUUCAGGGGGAAGUGUUGGUGGUGUCUUAUAUCCUAUCGUGUUUCAUCGACUGGAGCCGGCUAUUGGAUUUGGGUGGGCGACACGUGUAAUGGGAUUCAUUGUUCUUGGGACGUUGAUUUUCAGCUUCGCUGUUUUAAGGCCUCGCGUGUCUGCCCCUGGCAAAGCCAGAACUCUCUUUGAUGCCGCCGCUUUCCGCAACCCGAUGUUUAUCAUCUUUAGUCUGGGACUCUUCCUAUAUUUUCUCGGCCUCUACAUUCCAUACUUCUACGUCAGUAUGUGGGCUACACAAAUCUUGGGCACCUCACCUUCACUUUCCUUCUAUCUAUUCUCCAUCCUGAGCGCCGGAUCAGCAUUUGGUCGUAUUAUUCCUGGUCUGAUAGCUGACCAUAUCGGCCCUAUUAAUACCAUAAUACCCUCCCUUCUCUUGACAUCUAUCCUGGGGUUUUCCUGGACCGCGGUAAGGACAUUUAGUGGGCUGGUCGUCUUCUCUAUAUUCUAUGGAUUCUUCUCUGGCGCGUGUGUCUCUUUGCCCCCUACAAUUGUUGCUGGAAUCAGUCCCGAUCUUGGCAAAGUUGGCACGUGGAUGGGUAUGAGCUUCAGCUUUGCGGGCCUUGGGUUGCUGAUCGGAAGCCCAAUCGCGGGGGCCAUACUUGACGAUGAGGGUGGCAGUUACAUUGGUCCACAAUGUUUCAGUGCGGCGACUAUCAUGGCUGGAACAAUGAUGAUGUGUUGUUUGCGUUGGCUGAAGUUCCGAGAAGGCAAAGGGUGGAAGGCAUAG